AUAAGAAGUUUGGUCCCACCCACAGACCGUCUACAGCUCACACAGCUUUACAACCGACUCUGGCUGCAAGUCUUUUAGCCUCACAUACAGGACAUUACCUUCUUCGCAAAAUCGGAAAUCAAUACGAUGGCAAAUGAAGCCAAGCCAUGCCCCUGCCAUAUUGGUGAUCUGAUGGAGUACGAAGGGCUCGGCCAGGAUAUCCAGAUAGAGCACAUCGAAGCUUAUGUAGUGAAACCAUCCGCUGCAACUAACAAGGCCAUCAUUGUCAUACAGGACAUCUACGGGUGGCGGCUUCCCAACACAAGAUACAUGGCUGAUAUGCUGGCUGCCAAUGGAUACAUUGCUGUUUGUCCAGACUUCUUUGCUGGAAAGGAGCCGUGGAGUUCAUCACGUGACUGGUCCACGUUUCAGGAGUGGCUUCAAGAUAAAUUGCCAACGAACAUAAACAAAGAGGUGGAUGCAGUGCUGAGGUACCUGAUGAAGCAUUGUGAGGCCAAACACAUCGGAGCACUGGGCUUCUGCUGGGGAGGGGUUGCCACACAUUACAUCAGCCUGCAGUAUCCAGAUGUUAAAGCAGGAGUGUCAGCCUACGGGAUCGUCCGUGAAAAAGAGAACAGAUAUAAGCUGAAGAGUCCUACGCUGUUCAUCUUUGGGGAGAAAGAUGACGUUAUCCCACUGAACCAGGUGCAUGUCCUUGAAGCAAAACUAAAGGAGGAAAGCCAAGUGGAUUUCCAGGUAAAGAUCUUUCCUGGUCAGACUCAUGGGUUUGUCCAUCGCAAGAGAGAGGACAUCAACCCUGCAGACAAACCCGGCAUCCUGGAGGCCAGGUCUGACAUGCUGAACUGGUUCAACAGAUACAUGUAAACAAGUUUAGGAGGUGAAGAAUCGACCCAGGUAAUCAUUUACACACAGCACUACAAAUGGAAAAUGCAGAGGUGCCCUUUACAGUGACCUGUAGGCAGUUCUAGUUUGUCGUCAUUUUUGUAUGAUUAGUAACAUUCCAGUUUCCCUAAUGAUUUUUUAUUUUAUUUUGGAGGUCUGGAUGUUCCUGUAUCGACCUGUGGAUAUUACUAAAAUGUGAAUUUUAAAUUGUUGAGCCAAAGCUAAAAAAAAAGAUGGAUGCAGUAUGUUUUGUUAUUGUAAAUCACAAGAAUUAAAUUAAUUUACCUUAACUAAACAGCUUUGGAGUCUCUGGAAUGGUUAAAUUACAAAAAUACAUAGAUUUAUUUUUAUUGUCUGGUUCAAUAUUGUGGGCUCAAAAUCAAAACUACAGAGACUGGAAAUUUCAACGGACCAACAUUUUAAUGGUGACUUUGAUACUACAACAGCUUGAACAUUUUGUAUCAAAUGAUAAAUAGCAAUAUGCAGUGCGGUUUGGACAUGGUGCUCGGGAAGUGCCUAAACCUUUAGAACAGCCCCGAAAUCUUUAAGUGUUCCAUGAGGCCUUCAGUCCUCGCUCUCUCCCGGGCUCCUGAUGUCAUCAAUCUUUAGGAUCAUCUUGACUACCUGAGUAGCCAGCAAGAUCUGCUGUUUCUUGCCAAUCAGGGUCUCGACCACAUGUUGCUGCUUCAUGUCUGAAGAGAGGGGAGA